GACUAUUGCUGCAUCUUACGGAGCGUGCAUUUCUUUUCGGUAUUGAGGUUCCCCCUAUCGACAGGACAGGAUGGCACUUCUCAAUUACCCUAUUCCAGAGCUGGAUGUCACCUUACAAGAGGCAGGCCGUGUGCUCCAGCUCACCCUGAGCCCUGAGCUCUAUCCUCAAUACAAAAGCACCCUUAGCCAACAGAGGGAGGUCCUGCAGGAGGCCCAAAAGUGCUUGGCGGCUACCGCCUCUGGCCUAGAGAACUGGGUGACAGAGCAAUUCAAGAGCCGGCUGCUCUCAUGUUCCGACCCCCUGCCCACCACGACAGCCAUCCCCGCUGUCCUGCCCCCCUCCAGAGCCAAGGAGUGUGUCCAACUGGAGAGGGCUGCCGCUCUGCUCUGGGCUGUGGCCAAGAUGUAUAGUGAGCCUUCGCUGGUAGAGGGCGAGGGGCCAACUGAGCGCACACAGCAAUCAGAGGUGUUUGCUGCCAGCCGCAUUCCUGGGAAGACCCAAGAUGAGAUUAAAGUAUACCCAGACUGCCUCCAUGCCAUCGUCAUCUGUGCUAGAGGGGUAUUUUCAGUCAACAUACUGCAGCGUCCCAGCCCAGGAGGGCCUAUGUCCCCUCUACCGUUCCCUGACAUCUACAGCCAAGUGGCUCAUGUGAUGAGCCAACAUAGAGCUGCCAAGAACAACGAGCCCUCUGCCAUCUGCGGCCUCUCUGCCCUGCAGCGGCAAGCCUGGAGUGCCGUGAGGGAGGAGAUCCUGAGAGCAGGAGGGGCAGCGGCCGCCUCACUGGGGUUGAUGGAGAGUGCUGUGGUGGCUCUCUCCCUGGAAGACUGCAAUCCACCAGCUGAUCUGGCAGACACCCUCAACGCUGUCAGAUUGGGAGGAGGAGAUGGGCCCUGUCUGAGAUACUAUGACAAGGUACAGUAUGGGAUGUUUGUGGUACUAUAA